CUCCUGCUUUCUCCCCUGCGGGCGAUGGCUACCUCGGAGCGGCAGCCCGGCACCUCUCCAUACCGGGACUCGUGGCGUCAGACCGUUCUUCUCCUGAGGAAGAUGCGCUCCGAUGUCAGCAGCCUCCUGGAAUGCUACGCUGCGAAGCAAAAUCUGGUAGAACCCUUCAACUUUGAUCUGAUCGAUGUUGAUUUGAUCGAUGGAGUACCUCUAGCUGAUGUUGAAGAAUGGAGUGAGAUUGCAGAUGCUGAGCGUCUGGGGAGCAACUUACAAGCUUAUUGGGCAUUUCAGAUUCUGUUGGAUCAAAUCUUGGAAGAGCAGAGAACUGAUUUAACCCCUGAGGAUGUAGCUUUCCAUGAAUCUAUCCAAUCAGUUUUGCUGCAAGUUUCUGCUUUAGCUUACCAACUGGAGGAGCUGAUGGUAACGCUGAAGCACAAUGUGCCAGCUAAAGAGGUAAAAAAUACAAAAAAUCCCGAUGAAAACAGCUUAUUUGAAAGGAAAAUAAGGGGCAUGAAGGUGCUACAGGAGCUUGCCCAAUGGACCGUGAGGUCAGUCCGAGACCUUCACAAAAUCUCUAUGUCUGUUCAGGCAUCACCCACCACUGAGAGUGACAACGUGACUCAGGCCCAGGAAAAAUAAGGAUUCUGUUGGAUUCUUAAGCUUCUUUAAAACAGCAUCUCUCCCUCGUUUGUGGUACUUAGAUUGAAGCAGUAUGGCCAGCAUGAGCAUGUGGAGAAGAUUGGAAUGAGUUCCCCUCCCAUCCAUAUUAGUCUAUACAGGAUGCAGCCCAUUCCUGAGGAGUGAAGAAUUCCAAGAAUACCAGUACUGCUUGGUGACUCUAGGCUUGUAGUCUUGUUGUGCUAUAAGGUUUAUUUGCAAAUAUAUGCAGCUGAGCACCCGAUGAGUAUUCAUAAUAUUAACACUCAAAUGGAUUCCUGUUUCCUGGGAGUUCUGCCAGGAAACUCUCUUUGCCUCUGUCUAGUUCCAACCUAGACUAAUUCUGUGCUCCGUACAUACCAUCCACUAAUCUCCUCCCCGUGAUUCUUCAAGGAGGAAAGACUCAUCCUCAAAGUUAUUGCCAGUGUGUUUCUGGUUGCCUUCUUCUUUGCUGAGAACUUAACCAUGACUAGCAAAAGCCCCUAUGUUAGCUUUUAAGGAACACUGCCUUGGGGCAGUGAUUUUCCAAGUAUGGCUCACAGAGGCUCAUGUGAUAGUGUGUUGCAAUCUCCCAGUGCCACUUCAGCCCAGUGGUGUACUUAGCAUGUCUGAUGCCCAAAGCAGAUCAUUUUAUCACCUCUCUCCUUUGUCACCAAGAACUACUUUGGUGUAGGGUCCUGUCAUAGGCAUGAAGCCGGCUGGGUCACUCACUCUCUCGUACCCGUAGGGAGAAAGCAGUGGCAAACCACUUCUGAAAAUGUUGGCAACACAACUGCAAACGGAACUUGUCAAAAUCUGACUUUAAGGCACACCCUUUUUCUUCAUCACUACUGCACCUGCCAAUUGUUAUUUAUCAGAUUAGCAUGUUGGAACAGUAACCAAGAUCCACACCUGUAGCUGGCCUCCUUGUCAUCUUUGGCAGCCCUCCCCUUGUGUCUUACCUGGGGGAGGGGGUGGAUUGCUCUCCCACCCCUUCCAUAGUAUUGUUUCAGUUGGGCGUCUGUCUAUUUUUCAGUAGUUGGGUGGCCUAAAUCAAUGUGUGGAUGGGUGGGGAAUGUCAAGGAUGGAAAAUGUCAAAUCUGCCCUGGCAAGCCACUUUCCGGAGUCAACUCUCUACUUAGCUACUGCCUCAAGUGAUAAAGAAAUACCUGAUUUUGGAUUACAUUUUUGGUACAAAUUUGACAUUUACAGCAAAAAUCUAGGGGAUGGGAAGACAUACAGAAAUACAAGUAUAUAACCAUAUUUUUAUUUGCCAAAAAAGGCAAGAUUCCAUGUUCUUAAGGACAAAAGCAUAAGGUGUCUGUUUAACUGGAUGGUCAUCACAUUUUCUCUGAAUUGUUUCUUCAGAUGGCCAUGAUUUCAGAAAGUCUGAGAAACACAGCACUGGGGCAACCAUACCGAGGCCCUACUUAAAGAAAGUGUUUCCUCCCUCAGAAGUUACAGGCAGAAUUCAAACAUGCACAGUGAUGACCCACAGUGGUUAGAGUGCCGUACUGCAGGCUACUUCUGCU